AUGGCGCCGAACGCUGAGGAGUUCGUGCAUGAACCCGGCUUCUCCUUUCUUCCCGACCACGUCUUCGCAGCUCUGACGUUCAACUUCCGUGCCAUUAAAGAUAUGCUCUUUGAUCCCGCUUACUUUCCGGAGCUCGAGGUGAGCUUGCAGAGGGCCAGGAAGCGCGGCUCGGGCGGUAUCUCUGGUGACCAUGGGCGGGCCCUACUCCCGUCCAGAAAUCAGGGUCAAGAUAAGAACAUGGACAAGCCUGAGAUGGACAAAGCCGAUGAUGUUAUGGGCGAUACAUAUGAAGUUAGGAAGGAGAGCAUCGAUGAGGAGCACGAGGUCAUGGCCGUCGACGAACAACCCGAGGUCAUAGUCAUAGACGAUGACAGCCAACACGAGGGCUCCGACCACGACGGCGAGGAGGACGAGAGCGAAGAAGACGAGCUCAUGGAGGAUGACGAGGGCGAGCAGAUGGAGAUGUGCAUCUCGGAUGAUGACGAGGACGCCGCCGUCAGAGUCCCCGACCCCAACGUCUUGGCCUUCGCCUCCGCCCUCACCCGCGUGGUCAACAGCCAGAUGGAGACCUUGCGCUGCAGCCUGGAUGGCCUGCUCUCCGUCUCGCAGGAGCAGAACAUGAAACACCUCAAGACGGAUGUCCGCGCCAACCGCGUCAAGAAAAUCACCCGCGUCAACAAUGCGGUUCGCGAGCAGAUGGAGGUCGACUUUCGCAAUACGGCGAAGCGGAUCAAGGUGGCUAUCUUGAAGAAGGCGAUGGAGGAGCUCAACGACGCGUAG